GUUGAUUACCUCUGUGGAUGGUUCCUUUGUGCAUGUGUUCGAUCGCAUCACAGAGAUCGCGGCACAAAACGACAAGCGCAAGAAGGCUCUGGAGAGUCUAAGAAUAGAACAGAAGGUCCCCCUCAGAAUGCGUGCCAAACAAGCUACACAGUUUACCGAAGACCUGCAGCCUGGAUACACCAGUGUGCGACUACCCCAAAACGCACCCAACAACCACCACCACGAACAACUACGCAGAAACACAGGCACCAGCUCACACUCAGACCACAGCACAGCCACAGCCGACGACAAGCACCGCAGUAAGUGUAUUUAA